GCUCAGUGGGUGCAGGCUUGGAAGGGGGGUGUUUCCCAUCCAGUGUCUUGGAAGCCCAGAAAAUAUUCUGGUUCAGAGUUGAGCCCUGGGAAUGUUUGGGCAGGUUCCUAGGGGAGGGUCAAAUAUUCCAGCUGGUCCUGGGGGGAUGGGGGAUGCGGUGUGUCCCUUCCUUCACCCACCCCUUUGGAACUUCCUCUCUCCCCUGCCCAGAGGGAGGCUCCUGGUGCUUCAGUUCAGCAUGAGCAGGCUGGAUCUGAUGUCCCUCCACCAAAAAGGCUGUAGCUGGGGGAUCAUCUCCCCUCUCCUUGGAACCAGAGUGUGGAUGACCCCCGACUCCCUGGUUUUCAGCACAAGCCUGAACUAUAACCCCACCCCUGCCAGCAACCCAGUGAUCCUGAGAACCAAUCCAGCUGUGAUUCCUAUUGAGUGUCACUAUCCCAGGAAGGACAAUGAGAGCAGUAAAGCCAUCAAGCCAACCUGGGUUCCCUUCAGCACCACCCUGUCUGCAGAGGAGAGGCUGGGUUUCUCCCUGCGCCUGAUGAAUGGUGACUGGUGAAUGGGAGAUCAGAUGACACCACCUCAGCCUUCAUAUCGCCCAGGCCCAGGCAGGACACACUGCAGUUCAUGGUGGAAGUGUUCAGGUUUGCAGGAGAUGCCAGGAACU